GCGGCUUACGUCCGCAGGGAUAUUUUCUCCCUCCAUUCAUUCUCUGCCAAGACCAGCGCUCUUCCGCUGCCAUCGCCGCAGCUUCACGCCGCCCAGUCCUCCCCUACCACCACUUGCUCUCCCUCUCUCGCCGCCCUCGCUGCCCCCACACACGCCCGCUGCCCACCAUGCCGACCUUUUUGGGCCUGGCGGUCUCGAUACACGCCGACUCCAACCCGCUGCCCGAGUAUUCCAUCCAGAAGCAAUCAAAGUACCACCGUAUCACGUCGUAUAUCCCCGUGCCCCCAGCAAAGAUCCCCCCCGGCGCCACCAAGCCCGAGCAGUCGUCUUUUGCAAUCUCCAUCACUCUGCUCACCCCAGGUCUGCACGUCCCGUACUCGACCCCCAAGCCCACGCCCGAAGAACCCAACCCCAAGCCCAAGAUUGUGGGCGGCCUGCCCGGCCAAACUGGCGAGCGGGGCAAGUACAGUCCCACGAUAGCCCCGUACAAGCCCCUCACCACCUCGCCAAACGAAACCAUCGCCGCAUACAUCUACUUUGACGGAAGGGCAAAGGAGGAGGUUGCGACUCUGCUGCGCCGUGGCGAGGAGACGUGGGUCAAUUCACGGUGGGUCAGCGUACCAGAGUCAGAAGGUGGGGGACUCGCCGAACGCGAGUUUCUCUUCCGCGAGGUCGGACUCGAGCGAUGGCUCAAUGGCCUUGAUCUCGAAGGCAAGGACAAAGACGUGGCUGCAAAGAUUGAGCGGAGAAAGCAACGCCUGGAGAAGAAGCGGGCGAAGCGGAGAGAGGCCAUGAACAGUAGUGAUGAAGAAGACAAAAAGCCCUCCACCAACGGUGUGCUGCGCUACAGCGAAAGCCAGGACGCGCCUGUCGAAACUCUCUCUGGCAAUGACGAAUUCUUCACCACCGACUCCGACUCGGAAGACGAACCCCCUAUGCCCGAGGCCGCAGGACAAAUCAAGGUUGCCUUGUUCCGUGUUCUAGCGUCUGGAGAGAUUAAGCGUGGCGAGUACUCGCCGCAAUUCGACGCACACGACGAUGACGAACAGAAUGGCGGAGAGGGUGACGAUGUCGACCACACUACAAGUUUUGCGAAGCCCAAGACACUGGAUCCCAAGUCCAUUAGCACCCAGACUGUGACCGGUAUAGAUCCUCCGGACAAGCCCUACGCUGUCUUCACCUUCUUGUACCGCGGAGAGCGCCAGUUGCGCAAGAUGGGAAUUCUGACCAGCAAGGAGCCGGCCAAGGUCACUUCGCCAGCCGCCAAGCGAAAGUCAGGAACACUCGACUUUGGCAGCCUCAAGCCCCUUAACGCGGAUGCUGGAACUAAGAACUUUGGUGGCUACCGGGAAACAUCUCCAAAGUCGAAGAAAAAGAAUCAAGACGCCAUGGACAGUGACGUAGACGAUGAAGACGAUGUCAAGGUGGAAGAUAUGGAUGACGACAAAGAUUUCAUUGACAAGGGCCUACUAUCGCCAGAAGAUGCUUUGAAACAGGGCGAACUUGCAGAGGGUGUACGCAAGAUCAAGCUCAAACGUCAACACUCGGCCGAGCCGGUGGGUCGUCCCGCAGGUGCUUCAAUCUCAGACGCUUCCGGAUCUCCUCUAUCUGGCACGCCAGCGCCCGAUGCUUCAUCUUCAAACAAUGCCUCGACCUCCACACCUACAAACUCGUCAGAAAAUAAUUCCUCGAACCCGCUUGCAUCGCCCUUCAAAAAGCAACGCGCCUCAUUACCGGGAUUUGAUGAGAGUGUCCGUAAGAGCCUUGGCCAAGCGUUAAUGGGCGCCCAGAAAGAGCGAGGGAACUCUGAUGGCAACAUUCCUACUAUUGAAUCCAAGAUGGAGGAAGACGAAGAGUUGUAGAUAUUGGGGAAACAUUCGACGUCCCAGCAUGCAUUUGGGCGGUGCAACGACUUGUUAUCAUAUUUUGUCUCUGACCUGUUUGCGUUUUACGCCGUGACGUUUUGUAAGCCACGCGACAUUACGAGCUCCCCAAGUGGAUACCGGCCGAGCAUCCAUUUCAUCCAAGGCGCACAUUAUUUCGGACCGGGAAAAUCCGAAAUAAGACGCGGGCCAGUGGUGGUUGGAAUGUUGGGAUACCCAGUUCUAUUUGGUGAGAGAUAUUUUUCUUCUUUUACGGAUUGAUGGGUAAACACUUGUACACGAGGAAUGGGCUUUUUGUUUCUUAUAUUUUGAUGCCUCGACUUCUUAACGAAGACGGAUGUGUGACGGCAUUAGUAACGGUAGAUGAAAUGAGUAUGAGAAAUCGAUGUGAUGACAACACU